UCAAAAUGUAAAUUCCAUUAGUCUGCUAGAUGUCAACAUAGGCAUUUCCAAAUGAUCUCAUACGAAAGUGGAGAUUUCAGAAGAAAAAUGUUUGUUCAGUGAUAGUUGAGGGGAAGUAGUGUGGUUGAGACGGUCGAUGGCGUUAAAAUGAAGGUAGACAAGGCUGUCUGUACAAGCGAUGUACUGGAAGAUUUGAGUCGUGCCAUUAAAUUUGAGGCGGUAUUCACCACUCUCGUGGAAAACAAAAUUGUGGCUAUCAAGCGGGAAUGUGAGGAGAAGGCAAAGCUCAAAAAAGCCAAAAAACGCCGAUUCCCCUUUGGACGGCGCUUUUUCGGCGGUGCUCGGCCUGAGAAUGAGGCAGACGUCGAGAAGGGGGCUCCCGCGGGAGAUGGUGAGGUGAUAAAUGGAAAAUUGCAGCUGGAUCGUGAAGGGGAAACAAGGACAGCUGUGCAACAGGAUGUAUCCGUGAGGGCGGAAAUUAGUGAGGAACGUCGGAGCGAAUCUCCAACCUCGAAUUCUCCACGGAUACUAAAUCCUCGGCCGGAGACGGAGGCUUCCGGGAGUGGGACGGCUGUUGAGAUGGAUCACUUCGAUAUUGUCAGCAUCCGGAGUGAUAUGUGUCGGACGGGAGAGACCAAAACGACUGUCGAGGCAGCUUCGGGUGAAAAGCUGAGUCAGAGCGAUGAUGUCAUCUUCCGGGUGAAGCCUCCACGGAGACAGGCACGAGCACGCUUCAAGGAGGAGAUUGUAGAGACACCGUGUAUGCCACCUCCGGAAGUCAGUCGUCAUCCUUCAAGGAUGGAUCCAGGCAAAAGCACAAAGAGGAAGUACAAUCUGCGUGAGGCGAGUCUCCUGCUGGAACAGGAACGACAUCGAUUGCGAAUUCUCGAGGCGAGGUCCAUCAGUGCUCAAUGCAGUCCCAUUCUUCCGCGACAUCAAGAAACCAUGAAGCAAACAGACUCCCCUGACUUGAGUUUGACCUCACGUCAUUCCGCCCCACCAGCUGUUUCCGAUCCAAGAGUUCCGCCAGAGCACGAGGCUGUUGCACCCAGGAGCACUCCAGAAGGGCGAUUGCGUGCCCGAGACUCUGGCCCUAGUCACCAUGAGGCCUCAGUCAAUUAUCAGGCGACAAAUCCUCUGUCGCAGGGAUUCGUGAGUAGUUUUAAUCAAUUAACGACGUCACACUUGCCUGUGAUGGCGACUGCCAAAUCGAAUAAGACUCCAUGUGAUAUGAUCAAGAUGCAUCGGAUGUCGCCCGGUAAAGCUCGACAAGAUGAUGCCAUCGAAUCCACAAUUGUGGCUGAGUCCUUGGAUGAGGACUUGGCCAGGAAGAAAAAGUCCUGGCACAGGAGAGCUCAUAGACUCUCAGAUCCUGUUCUCGUGUAUCCGUCUACAAGUGGCCUCCAGCAUUGUAUUCUGAGUCGACCACCCAAUCAACCCAUAGAUCUUCACUACGAUGAGGACUUUAUCUACGAUGUCUCACUGCAAAUCGACCCAGAGAGAAAUGGAGACGUCGAGGCUGUCAUUCCAGGACAACGGAGGCACAAGCACAAACAUCAUAAACACUGCAAGAAGAAAAGGCACAAAAGGAGAAAAAUUUUGGUGCACGAUCUGGAUGACCAGAGUGUAAAAGUAAUCGAUCCGGAUGACCUUCCAAAGAGGGCCAGAUGGACUAUCAUCGCAACGGCUUGUCUUCUUUUGGUAAUGUGCCUCUUACUGGUGGGUGUCACCCUCCGUAUGGCUCCAAUAAUUGACGAUAUGGAUACAUUAAUGGAUUUAGUUUGA